GUUCUAUAAUUUUUUUUAAUUUUUUUUUCGCAGGUAGUACGUGCGAAUUUGUUUUUAAAUUUUUUUUUGAAUUCGCAAUAUAGUAUGUGCGAAUUUCCAUCUCAGGAAUUUCAUGUUCCACUUUAGGAAUUAUGUUUCCUUUUUUUUCCGUCUGAGGGAAACCACCCGCGCAUCGAGGGGCAUGCACGCUUGUCGGAUAGAUGCACACCGAGAAGCAUCGCCGGAGGGAUGGAGGUGGGUCGCUGCCGGUCUGAACUGGUGUCGGAGUCGGGCUACUGGGUCGUCGGCUGCACCGGUCUGCUAUUGCGGCAGUUGGCUGAUCUGCCGUCGGAGACUUGCAGCCGCUGCACUCGCCGGAGUGAAGGUGUCGCCGGAAUUUGAACGAAGCGGAGGAAUGGCUGUUGUAAAACCCGAAGCCGCUGACCCGUCGCUGGCGGAAAGAGCACCGUCUAGGUCGGAUCGUUAUUUGACCCAUCCAAGUUUUUAGAUCUGCAAACUACUCACUUCACCUAUCGGUAUUCUCUACCCGUCGCGCUGUUCGCCCGAAUCUGAGGUUGGAGUGUCGCCUGGUGCCCGUCGCAGAGGACACGAACGGACUAAGGCUUCGCCGCCGGUGCUCAGGGGCUUACGACGGAGCAGUGCGCCGGCGUCCAUGGAGAAUACCUUACCCGCAGCGAUGUUCGGUGAAGCCUUCGUCUGGAGCUCCGGAGCUGAGGGCGGCGCUGUACUCCGGCGUCAAUGACCCCGUCCGGCGAAGUGGCGAGAGUGACCUCGCCAAGAUCCAGUUUCUUCUUCACGGAUUUUUUUUUAAGGAACCCAUAGAGAAGAAAAAUUCCAGAUCGGU